GUGUUUUUAUCGAUUUUCGAAAUUAGAACCGUUGUAAAUUAAACCCACGCACCAAACACAUCACUAGCAUCGUUACCCCAAACCCCAACGGCCAUUUUUUCUUCUUCUUCCUCCUUCUUUCUCUGUUACUCAAAUUCUCUAUCUCAACUUCAGCCUCAACUUUCUACAACCAAACAAUGCAAGAAAACGACAACGUCGACGUUUCCAAAAACCCUUCUCCCCCUCCACCACCGCCGCCGCUACCACCACCACAACAACAACAGCAACAACAUAACCGCCGACCAAAAACCCGUGAAGUCAGCUCCAGAUUCAUGUCCCCGUCUAUCCCCUCCACUCAAAGACGGCAACAGAGAGAUGAUUCCGACGACGAGAAUUCUGAAUCCUCGUUCCCGAUCGGAUAUUCUUUUCAGAAGAAACUACAACAACAAAGAUCUGUUAAGCUUUUCAAAGAAACAACAAAUAGGGUUUUCGAUAAUAUCCCAAACCCUAGUUCAAGUUAUCAUCACCCUUCAAAACAACCAUCUUCUAGAAUCGCCACACCUUGUCCUUCUAGACCUGAUACUCCAACCCAUACCAUGACUGUCACGUCAAGAUACAGACAAACACCACACCACCAACCUCAUAGGUCUAUCAAUGCCCGUUCUUCAGCUGCUGCAAAAUUGUUUCAAUCUAGAAAUUCACGUGAUGAUAUUGAUAUUCAUUGCAGUACACAAUCACUUCCGGAAUUGCGUUCUGAAACUGGGGAUGUUUUGAUGCAGCAACCUAAGGUGCCUACUGGAUCCGCGGCUGAAAAGUUCAGUAACAAUUUGUCACGUUCGGUUAGUUUGUCUUCUUCUGGCGUUGAUCGGGUUAAGGUUGGAGGGCUGCCGCCGGUUGCUCCUCAGUUUGCGAAAUCUGCAGCCGAUUCAAGGAAAGGGAAGAAAGGUAGUCAUCAGGAUGAUGUGACUUCGCUUAAGUUGCUUCAUAAUCGGUAUUUGCAAUGGAGAUUUGCCAAUGCAAAAGCGGAAAAUGCAAUUAAAGUUCAGCAAAAAGAAUGCGAGAAAGCACUAUUAUCUCGUGCAAUGAAAAUAUCAGAAAUGCGCGAUUCGGUGAACAAGAAACGCAUAGAAUUGGAGCAUUUGCGGAGAUUACAGACCCUAUCAGUAGUUCUUGAAGCUCAAACUCCAUAUCUAGAUGAGUGGUCUGCUAUGGAGGAAGAUUAUUCUGUUUCCAUCACUGAAGCAAUUCAGGCUUUGUUGAAUGCCUCAGCGCAACUUCCAACUGGUGGGAACGUUCGGGUUGAUGUAAAAGAGGUGGGGGAGUCUCUGAGUUCAGCACUAAAGAUGAUGGAAACAAUUAUUUCCAAUACCCAGAAAUUAAUGCCAAAGGCAGAAGAAAUAGAUACUUCUAUUUCAGAAUUAGCCAGAGUUGUUGGAGGAGAAAGAGCUCUUAUUGACGAAUGCGGAGGUUUAUUGUCAAAGACACAUAAGUCACAGGUGGAGGAGUCUAGCUUACGGGCCCAACUAAUUCAACUAUAUUCAUUCUGGCAUAAGAAUAAGAAUAAGGAAUAGAAAAACAACUCAUAAUUCAAUUGCAUGUCAACUGUGGAAAUACCACACAUUUGAUUGUGUUGAUAGAUUUAUUGAGCAUCAACUGUACAAGACCCGCCGCGAUUCAUUUCUCUUUCACAUUCUUUAUCCAUUUGUUGAGAAAUGAAGGGGGGGAGACCCUGUAAUCUUAUCAGUGUAGGAUUGAGCCAAUUCAAUAUGAUCUCUCUCCCUGUUUCACUCACUGGAUGUCAAUAGAAAAAAGUAAUAGGACACUUUGUCCUUGCAUGAAUGAAAUGUUUGCUUCAACUCAAAUAAGACAAAUUGGUAGUGAACCUUCUGAACUUUUGUUCUUGUGAUUUUCUCAUGUAUGUAAAUAAUAAUUCAUACAAUAAAUAGAAAUUUGAAAACUUCAAA